AUGGUAAACACUGAAGAUAAACCUGUUUUGGCUACGAUUAGUUCUUCCGAAAAUAUGAACAAGCCAGAAUCGCUUUUUACGAACCAUGGAACCUCUUCAUCUUCAGAGAUUUCAUCUGAUAGUGAGCCUGAAUCAAUUGAAAAACCUGUGAUCCAGAAACCUAGAGAUCCAGCCUUCGUAAUCCCACCCGACUAUGUCUUACAGUCCGUGAAAGACUUGGCAGCAGAUGUAAAACUUUCGUUACUCGGAAAAAUCUCCCAAGUUUUUGAUAAAUACGUUGUCAUUCGGUCUGUUAAUUCAGCAAUUGUACUGAAUGAGCGAUCUGUGCUUUUUGUGGAAGACGGCAAACAUUUGGGUGAG